UUGUCAAACUUUUGUCAAAAUUUCUAAAUCUAGCAAUUUAGAAACGAAAAAGAAAAGAAAAAGCGUAGUGAUUUCUAUUCCAUUGUGUAGGAUUUUACAUUGCACUCGGUUUGUUUGGCGUAAAGAAGGUUGUCUUCUGCGCACCGACGACUCUUGCUUCAAUUCGGUGCCAGUUUCCUACACUACAGCCCACACGCCAGUCGGUCGGACGGAUUAGCCAACGGGGGCGACUCUUCGGUAGGCAGUCGUCGUAGGAGAGGAGUGCAAUCGCAGCGAUUACUCGACUUGCCCGAUUCGGUGCGACACCAAAACCGAUUCCGCACGGUGGUUCCUGUCCGUUGCCACGGUUCGCAUUGAUUUGUCCAUUAUCCUUGCCACAUUACGUAAGGAGAAGUGCUGCAAGGACACAGCCUACGGAGGGGGGAGAAGGUAACGAGGCCACCGUUGAUAACACCGCUGCACACCCACACGAAGAGGAGUAAGAAGAGGCCGCUGGUGAGGAAGUACACUCCCGAGUCGGUUGGAUGUUUGGUUGAUGAAAGUGGUGGCAAACAUUGCUCCAACCCGUCAAUCCGCCCUUCUGUUGGCCAGAAGAGAGCAGCGCAAGUGUGGAGUGGCAGUGGAGUGGUAGUUCCACCGUACGCAGCUUGUUAGCACAGGUGAUCACACAUCACAGGCGGCCAUCCAUCAACGAAGCGGAAACGAUUGGCGUUCGGGCGAAACGGCUGUGGCACGACCACCGAACGACGGCACGAGCGCACCAGCACCGCCAGCAUGGAUAACGAUGGGCUGUCGAACGAGCAGACGGAAAAGGUGCUCCAGUUCCAGGACAUUACCGGGCUGGACGAUAUGAACGUGUGCCGCGACAUACUGAUCCGCCACCAGUGGGACCUGGAGAUCGCCUUUCAGGAGCAUUUAAACAUACGCGAGGGGCGCCCGUCGGCGUACGCCACCGAGUCCCGGGCGCCCGCCGUCAUUAACGAUCGCUUCCUGCAGCACGUGUUCUCCAGCGCCCGGACCAGCCCGUCGCGCGAGCCGGGCGGAAUUGCGGGCGUGAUCGGGUACAUGUUUAACUACAUGGUUAACUUUUGGUGCAGCGCGUUCUCGUCGCUGCUGUCGUCGAUCCUGGGGCUGUUCCGCGACCAGGAAAGCAUUCCGGCCGAUCCGCUCGGCGACGUGCUGAAGUUCAUUCAAACGUACAAUGAAAAGUACCCGGAGCAUCCGGUGUUUUACCAGGGCACGUACUCGCAGGCACUGAACGAUGCGAAGAACGAGCUGCGCUUCCUGCUAGUCUAUCUGCAUUCCGAGGCGACGUCCGAGGCGGUCGCGUUCUGUCGCGGCGCCCUGUCCGACCCGCUGGUGAUCGAGUACGUCAAUCGGCGGAUGCUGUUCUGGGGCUGCGAUAUGGCCUCGCACGAGGGCAAGCGGGUGGCGACCACGGUGAGUGUCCGUACGCACCCGACCCUGCUCAUCAUCGGCAUGCGGGCGAACAAGAUGAUCAUUAUGGGCCGGCUGGAGGGUGACUGUUCGGCGGAGGAGCUGAUCCGCCGGAUGGACACGGUGGUGAACGAUAACGAGGUGUGGCUCAAUCAGGCCCGCCAGGAUCGGCUCGAGCGCGAUCUGACGCAAACGUUGCGCCAGCAGCAGGACGAAGCGUACCAGCGCUCGCUGCAGGCCGACCAGGAGAAGCAGCGCCGGAAGCAGCAGGAGCGGGAGGAGGCGAUGCGCAUCCAGGCCGCGAUCGAGGCGGAACAGGCGGCCGAGCAGCAGCGCAAGGAGGACAUCGAACGAUUAAAGCUCGAUCUGGCCCAGCUAGUGCCUUCGGAACCGGAAGCCGGUGCGCCCGACACGAUCAGCAUAGUGUUCAAGCUGCCGAGCGGGCUGCGGUUAGAGAGAAGGUUUAGAAGCACCGACACAAUGAGGGAUAUUUACCACUUUAUUUUCUGCCACCCGGAUGCGCCCGACUCGUUCGAAAUCACCACCAACUUCCCGAAGCGCGUGAUCGAGUGUUCGGGCGACGAGCCGGGACAGACGCUGCUGCUGUCGGGGCUGAAGAACCGCGAGGUACUGUUCGUCGCCGAUCUGGAGGCGUAGUGUGAUAAAGAAUGGAUUGUCGGAACACCAUCACCACCAGCACCACCAGAAGCAAACACUGCGUGAUGUUAACACCGAUUUGCUUUUUGAACCGUUAAUGCUACUCGCGCACUGCCAGCUGUCAACUGGCGGACAGGAGGAAGAAUAGGAGGGGGGGUUCAACUCGCGAUGGUCGUGGGGAUGGCGCAACGGAUGAACCCGCAGCUACAACAUAUAUACCUUGUAGUAGACGGCCGAUGUGAGUGCGAUUCCUUUUUCUCGUUCUUUUCGAAGGCAAACGGUGCAGGAGGAGGGCAAGCGCAAGACAAAUCGGAGAAAAAAGGCGUUUAAUUUUUAAGAAGAUCCGUUUUCUAAGCUUGAAGCGCAACAACUUGUGUGUGUGUGUGUGUUAGUGUGUUUGUGUGGAGAAAGCACGAGACGUGGUGGCCAACGCGGACGGCGCGCGGUGACAGAGAGAAAGAGAAAAGGGAACGUUUACAAUACCAAAUGGUAGUAAUUGUGAAUACUUAUUUGUUGCUUACGUGAAACUCUUAACACUGUACAUUCAGCUAGAAUACAGAAGCAUAAAUAGUCUC